UAACUUGAAAGAAAAGAAGAAGAGAAAAGAAGGGUUUAUCCUUCAAGUUCUCUAAACCCUUCUUGUUGUACAUUCCAUCAGAUUUCACUCAAUCAUCAAUAAGCCAACGACGAGCUGAGGAAAGCUUCACCCAUCAAAGAAAUGGUGCAUAAACCAUGGAGAAUAAUUCCAAGGCCAUUGCUCGAAACUGUCCUCAACAAUCAUUCACAGCAUCAUCGAGUCCCUCAACCUUUGAUUCUUCAUGGCCCCAGAGGCGUCGGCAAAACCACUCUCAUUCUCGAACGCCUCCUCGCCGAUUGGAACAAAGGCCCCCACUUAUCUGGAUAUGUGGACUUUGCUGAAACUAUCGAAGGUCAUCACCCAAUUUACGGCCAGUCCUUUCCCUGGGCAUCUUGGUCCAAUUGUCCGCCACCAUCUCUGUCUAAUUGCAGAAUUAAACUUGAAAGUUGCCUUGAAUCCAUGGCUGAAAAGGGGGUUAAACUAGGCAGUAUAACAUCCCAUCAAAUAUUCACCACCAUGAACAAGUGGCACGGCCUGAAUACGGCCCUUCGCCGUGUACUUCAGGUGGAUAAUGCUUCGAAAAGAGUGGUCUCGCGGAGAGCGUCCAGCUCGGCUUUGUGGGAUCAAGCAGUUUUUGCACUAUCUGCUCGAUGUAAUGCCGCUGAGCUUGAUGGGGUACUAGAACUGGGUGAGGAAGGGAGGAGUAUACCAUUUGAAGAAGCUUCUUAUUUUAGAGAAGCUUUUGUGGCGCUGAAAUUGGCUAAGGAGUUGAUCAGAAUUCAGCAAGGUUGGCGAGCUAAUGCCAUUGCUGAUUUGAAUCGAACAGGCGGUUUUUCAACGUCCUUGGCACAUUCCUGUACUGACUGGCCUUGUUUGUUGAUAGAAUUGCUGUCACAAGCUGCUGAAAUCAAUCAUUUUCAGCCAAAAUUAAUAAUAAACAAUGUUGAUGUGUUACGAAAUGCAAGUUUAUCGGAUGGUGAUUCAUCAGUCUGUGGAUCAAUGUAUCAUGACAGCCUAGUGUGGAGAAUAAUUGCUCUUGGUGCAAAUGAAAGGUGCCUUCCUGUUAUACUUGUAACGUCUGACAGCUACUAUUCAUACCGUGCUUACAUGGAUUUUGGAUUUCCAGAUAUUUUUAUCUCACGUGAGACUUUUGGAUGGAGUCCUCAAGAGGCCAAACUGCAUAUGGUUCCUGAUUAUUUCAGCGAUGCAGAGUGGAAGCUGAUUGCUGAGGUGCUUGGCCCGAACCCUCGACACCUAUUCGAGCUUUACGCUCUUAAACAAGGCAAUUACUUUAACAAAAUGGAAAGGGAUCAUAAUUUUGGCACAAUCGAGGAUAUCGUAGAUGCAUACUUGGCAUACUUGCAAGUGACAGUGGUAAAUCCUGCCAUGGAUAGAGCACUAGCACUCCUGCAAGCACAUGUUGUUAAUGUGCGAAAUGGACUGGUUUCAAAAGAUAGAUUACGCUUUGGUGCACCUUGGAGGCAUCCUCCUCAGAGUGCCGAUCCACACUUGAGCUUGGACUGGGCAAAGAUUCAGCUGAUGGAUUUUGUACAUUCUCUUGUGGAUGCGGAAUUUGGGGUUAACUAUCUUGCUGACUGUAGCCUUGAAAUCUUUGAUGAUCCUUCUGUUGUUGCCUUGACUGAGGUCGGUUUGCUUUAUACUCAACGUGAUCCAUCCUUCAUGCGGCCAGUAUCUAGAGGAAUUCAAAGAUGUCUAGUACGAUGGCUUGUCCAACAGCAACUUCAACUUAGUUCUAAACGUAGUCUUCAGUAUCUGUGGCAGAGAAUUAUACGGGGACGUAGCUACCGCCAUCUCAUGCUAGAAGUGGGAUAUAAAUAGACCCUGUUAUUAGAUUUUCUUUAACGAUGGCAUAUUCAGAAGAGAGCAGGAUAUGACACCUUUCAGUUUGAAAUACAAAAAUGUAUGGGUAGAUUUAGGGACUGACUCAAUAAUUUCAAUAUAAGGAACAGAGCUUCCAGGCGCAGCUGUGAUACUAACAUUGUGGAUUAUUUAUUCAAUUUUCCAAGUGGAAGGUUUUCAUUGAAAUUGUGUAUUAAAAAACUUUUAGAAUGGUAGAGAGAUAUAUUUGUAGUUGGAUUCAUAAUGGGGGCAUAAUAAGAGAAAAGUUACCUUUUCUAGAGAAGGUGGGUAAAGAUCAAUACAGGAUUUUUUUAAUAUUCAUUUUCUUUUCCGUAGAAAUGAAAUUAUUGAAAGGAGUGUAUAGAAACAGCUUUUUUGGAGUCACUGUUCACCCUAAUUUCAUUAUGUCCAAUUUCAACUUUUUGGACAAAAGGUGGGUCUGAAACCAGCCCCCUCAAAUUAAGUAGGAAGGAGACGUGCCGGAUUUAUUGGCUUUUGUCUUAUUUUUAUUUAAAUUAACUCUCGCCGCAAAGGAGCAGAAAAUUGCCAUGAUUAUGGUUAUGGUAACUAGCCUGCACACUGGCCUCAAUUAAGAAUGUAGUGGCCUCUCCCUUCCAAGUUUACUUGGCCUUUAUUCGUCUUUCCUGAGAUGAGAGGAGUUCCUUAAAGUAGAAAAGUAGCACGCUGUAGUUUUCAAGGUUUUUAUUUUGACCAUUUCAAAUUCAUAUGAGCUAUCAUGUUCAUUUGAGGACAAUCUCGAUAUGAAUACAUGAUUUUGAUGUUCAAAUAACAUCCCUUGUAUUGUCUAAAAGGUGUCACUUCAAGAUUCUUUUUCUCCCAGAAUUAGAUUUGUGUUUCUGAAAGGAUUUAAGCUUAGAAAUGGGAGAGAUGAUGAUAACCACCCAACACUAUCAUGUGUUCAUGUGUCACCUACCCAAAAGAUUAUUCUGUAUUAACAAUAAUUUUCUGCAGGUUUGAGAUACUAGACAUCAUGCAGUUAGUUCAGAUGGUGGGCUUUCGUUUUUUUGUAGUUCAAAGGAAGUGGAGUGAAAGAUUUGAACCUCUUACAUUUGGUCAAAGACACAAGGUUUGAUUUGGACUAAUUAGUAUAUGCAUUAAGGCCAUACAUUAUACACUAUUUCUAUUUAUUACAGGUUUAGAAGGUAAAUGGUGUAUUCUCGCCAGACACGGUUAGCUUGAAUGGCGCAUAGGUCUGCGUUUUCCCGCUCAAAUAGAGGCACUAAUUUGAAUUAGGUACUUUCCAACCCACCUGAAGUCUUUGUUAGUGAUAGAGAUAGAGUUAUGAGUUAGAGAGAGAAAUGUCAAUUGUCAACAGAGCAAUCAAACAUGGCGGGUCCCCUUUUCCAUAUAGAUCGAGAUCGAUGCCUGCACGUUUAUUGCUUUACUCUCUCUUCAUUGCCUGCUGCGGCGCGCUCCCCUCCACUCCAAUGCUAACCACAAAGUCUUUGAUCAAUCACCUCAUUCAAUUCAACUUCACAAGCUUCCCUUAGAACCAACUUCUUCAGUUCAGAUAUGGAAUUGGAAUGAAUGGCAGACAUGGCAUGGCCCUUCAUUCUACUUCCGAGUGUCUCUCUUCUUCACCUCCACUCGAUAUUGGCGGACUUCUUUCAGCUCAGUUAAUGACGUCCUAUCCCUGAAGAUCUACAGAAAACCCAAAACUGAUUGGUAUCUAGACGAAAUUUGAAGAGGAAAUGGAGCGGGCUAAUCGAAGGCGGAGAUGGACAAAUUUAAGGCAACGGCUAGGAUUGAAGGGGAUGGGGUGCUGUAGAGGUUCAUGGAGUCCAACAUCGUCAACUUUGACAAUGAUUGAAGGGUUUAGCUUAAGCCUUCAUGGAAGCAGCCGCAGUCAAGGAGAAGAUGGGGGUCGGAGCUCAGCAGCUUCCGGUAUGAACUUGGCGAUGGCUCUGGCGGCGGAGAGAAAUUUGAGGAAUGACGAAGGAGGCCCCACGGGGGGUAGUGAUGUGAAAUCACUGAUGAGAUUGUUUGAAGAAAUGGACGGUGGGGAUUGGAAAACAAAAAGAAAGGAAAGUGAGAAUAACGGUGAUUGGAUGUGCUGCGUGUGCAUGGAAAGGAGUAAAGGCGCGGCUUUUAUUCCCUGUGGACACACCUUCUGUAGGGUAUGUUCUAGGGAACUAUGGCUUAACAGAGGCACGUGUCCCAUCUGCAGCCGUUCGAUCAUUGAGAUUCUUGACAUUUUUUAAAAUUUUUCAAAAACUCAUUUUUGUUUUCCUAAAAUUAUUAUCUCAAUGUGAUUUGUUUUUGUUUUAUUUUGUGGUUUUGGUAUAUUUUUAUUUUCCUCUGAUAGGUAUGAUGGAAGGAUAAGGCUGCACGUGUUCAUCAAAAUUACAUCAUCCAAAUAUAACAUUCUAAGCUUUUUUUUUU